CUCUCAUAGAUUUGAGCCCUGAUGCUAUCAACACAGAGCUCACAGGCAAGGGUCAAGCCCUCCCCAACCCCUCUUCCGCUGUGACCUUACCCGCCUCUCGGUCGGUGGCGACUUCUCACUCUAGUUCUGCUGCUGCUGAUGUCUAUGGUCCUCAACCAAGCUUGUUUGACCCCUGUAGCUCCACGCCACCCGCUGUCCCUGACACUCCCGCUGUCCCUGAUAAGAAGCGCAAAGAGAGACCCGGACGAUGACGGCGAGCAGCUCCGGAGCCUUCUCGAGCGAUCUGCCGCUACCCCUGAGGCCCAAGUCCUUCUCGGAACCCCCUUCUCCUCUGCUGGAUGGCACGACGACGUGCCAGGUGAAGGCGAGGAAUUUGAACUGCCCAUGAUUCCCUUCCGCGGCACCUCGAAUGAGUGGCCUUAUCAGGAAUACUCCAUCUUUGAGCAACAGUCUGGAGGUGUCCGUGACAAGGUUGACAGGAAGGGCAAAGGCAAGGCUAAAGAGGCUGGUCCUCCCUCUCCGGCUCCAGCAGCUUCUGCUUCCCCUGUUCAGACCAUCAACAGUCUCGAAAUGGACGCCGACUAUCUUACUUCCAAAUUCAACAAGAUGGGUCUCGAGGGUCAACGUUCUGAUGGACUGGUCAGAUACGAGGGUGAGGGCGAGGCGAAUUCCAGCAAGGUCACGUUGGAAGUGUUGGACGAGAGGGACAGGCUGUCGAGUAAGGGGUAUGUCAAGGAAAGAGAAGACUGGAUAAAUGGCUCUAUCGACAGAAAGUAUUUGGAGCUUGGAGGUGUUUGAUCAUAUGUAUG